AUGAUCUUUUAAGGUUGUGAUACCAAGAAUUGUAAAUUUUGCACUGAAUAGACUUGCUUUUAAUGCCUUCCAGGAUUUUAUUUAAGAAUUGAUAAAGAAACCUAAUAGACUUAAUGUGUAGAAUGCUAAUCUAAUUGCCUCAAAUGUUUCCUUAAAUCAUAAGCAGAUCAGACAUAAGUAUGCAAAGAGUGCUCUAAUUACUACCAGAAGGAUCAAUAAAACCCAGCAAUAUGCGUUUCGAAUCAAAGUAGCUGUUAAGCAGAAUACUAUUAUGAUCUUGAAAGCUAAAUGUGCUCUAAAUGCUUAGAUGGAUGUCUUGAUUGCAAUAACAAUGAAACUUGCACCUAAUGUGAUAUUUUAUUUGACUAUAGCUUAUCUUAACAUAACUAAUAAUGCACGUAGAUGUCAAUCUAAAAUAUGAUUGAUUAGAACAACAGUAAUCCUCAGUGUGAAUCAGGUUAAUACUACAACAGCACUUAAUAAGAGUGCUAAAUGUGCCAAGAUAGCUGCUUAUCGUGUACUAAUUCUUCUAAUUGCUUACAGUGUGCUGAUGAAUACAUUCUAAUAAGACAUAACAAUACAGACAAUAUGACCAAUAGUACAUAAUGUAUCAGCAAAAAAUAAAUUUGUCCUACAGGUACCUAUUACAACAUCUCAUAAGGAUAAUGUACGUACUGUAGUAUCUAAUAGUGCUCUGAGUGUUCAGACUCUUAAAUUUGCACUAAAUGCCAAUCUGAGUAAUUUGUCUUAAUGGAUGGAUUUUGUGUCGAUUAGUGCAUAGAUUAGUCAAGUAGCUCAAAUCAAACUAAAUACUGGAAUAAUGAAACUAAAUUGUGUGAAAAUUGCCCAGAAAAUUGCAAAUAUUGUGAAAAAUUUGGCACAUGCUCGUAAUGUAUUGAUAACUGCGAUUACUGUUUGAAUGGAGAUCAUUGUGGUCAAUGCAAAGAUAAUUUUUAUUUAGAAUUUUCAACCUCAGGUCUUACAGAAGAAUAAUCUAUUUAAAAAAAUAAUACAAAAUGUCAAGCCUGUCCUGACACCAAUUGCUAAAGUUGUUAUUAAUCAUUUUACUCCAGUAAUUCUUCUCAAGUUUAUUGCAUUAUGUGCAAGGUUGGGUAUGUGACUGAUUUGAAUUCUAGCCAAUGCGUAAAAGCGCCAAGAGCUGUAGGAAAUGCUAUUAAGAGGGAUGUAAGGACUGUACAGCUCAUAAUGGUUGCCAAAGUUGUUUACCUGGAUACACAUAUAACUCAACAGCAAAGAGCUGCAAAUCAAUGUGUACUUAAUAAGAAUUUUAUGACAAUACCACUAGCACAUGCAUAGGUUGUAGUAACGAGGGCUGUCUCACUUGUUAAAGUAAAGACUCUUGUAUAACUUGUAAAAGUGGAUACUCUCUCUAUUAUAACAGGAUUCUAAAGGAUUAUUAAUGUGUAAAGUGCUAAGAUAAUUGCGUUUCAUGUUCAUUUGUAAAUGAUGCUAACCUAACAAAAAUUAUUCCAAUCUGCCAAUAAUGUGAAAAAAAUACAAGGCUUAAUAAACACAAUAAUACUUGUUAGGCAAAUUAACGAUGGAUCUUAAACACUUGUAAAUGGAUAUUGCUAUGAUACAUGCUAAUUGCAAAUGAUAAACAAUAACUUAUCUAAGCCACUCUUUUUCGAUCCAAUUUCUAAUUCCUGUAAAAAUUGCUCAUAAGAAAACUGUGCAAAUUGCAAUUAUGAUUAAGAUACUUAGUCUGAUAAAUGCCUGAAUUGUUCAUUUGGAUAUGAAUUAUCUAGUGACAAGUAAUUGUGUUAAGCCAUAAACUGUGAGUAACCUGGAGUAUAUAAAGAUGGAGAAUUGUGCGAUUACUGCGCUAUAGGUUGCUAAGAGUGCAGUGGAAAAUACAAUUGCACUUAAUGCAUGAAUAAUAUGAAUAAAACAUUUGGAUAGUGUUUUGAGAACUGCUUACAAACCUAAUUCUAUGACUAUAAUACUUAGACCUGCAAUGAUUGUAUCGACAAUUGCACUUAUUGUAAUAAGUCCACAGGAAGGUGUAUAAACUGUGGACCAUAUUUUACUCUUAUCAAUAGCACUGAUGGUAACUAAGUCUGUAAAUCCUGCCCUUCAGGAUGCUAAUACUGCUCGAUGAAUCAAUUAACUGAUAUGGAUGCUUCUCCAUAAUGCUUAUUCUGUGAUUAUGAUAAAAAUUUAAAUGAUAAUGGGGAAUGUGUAUCAAAAUAUACUUGUCCAUCGAAUUAGUUUUAUGACUAGUAUUGUGGUGAAUGCAAACCUUGCUAAGAGGGAUGCUAGGGCUGCUAAGGAUAGCGAACUAAUUGCCUUUCAUGUGAAAAAGAUUAUGAAUUUAUAAAUGGUACCUGCAAGAAAAGAUGCAAACAAAAUUAAUAUAGUGAUUCAGAUUCAAAUUGUUAAGAUUGCUCUAGCGGAUGCUUGAGUUGCAAUCAAAGUGAUAAUUGUGGAUAAUGCUUUGAAGGAUAUACACUAAUCUAUGACUAAAAUGCCAUAAACUCUUCAAUCAAGACCAAAUACAUAGAAGGAGCAUAAUGCAAUUAAUGUCCAAACAACUGUCUCAAAUGCUUCAAAGAAAAUGAAUCUGCCACAAUUUAAUGCGCAGCUUGCCAGAAUGGCUUCAAAUUGGAAGAAAAUUAAUGCAAAGAAUAGAGUUGUUAGACUGGAUAAUACUAUGAUUCUAAGUUUGAAACAUGCAUUUAAUGUCCUGAGAACUGCACAUCAUGCACAUCACUAACUUAAUGUACUUAGUGUUCUAAUUCUCAGCUUGAAAUUUCUAAUGGGGCAUGCAAAGAUAAAUGUUUAAUUAAAAGUCAGGCAGAAGGGAAGCAGUACUUUUAUAAUGCAACAACUCAAGGAUGUGACACUUGUGAGGAAACUAAUUGCGCUUAUUGUAAUGGACCAAAGAAUUGCCAGUAUUGCAUACAAGGAUAUUUAAUGAAUAAUGAAUCCAAGUGUGUGAAAUGCAUGGAUAACUGUCAAAAUUGCUCACCAAAUGAUCUAAGCACUUGCUUAACUUGCAAAAUGGGAUAUAAAUACAAUAAUUAAACUCAGACAUGCGAUAAAAUUGACUGCAGUCUUUCUAAUACUUACAAAUUAGAUAAUAAUUAUACCAAUUCUAAUGAAGAAUUAUGCGAGUUUUGCUAAGAUGGAUGCUUGAAUUGCUCAUCAAAAAUGCAUUGCUAUCAAUGUGGUCCACUUUACUCUCUAGUCUCAGAUUCCUAUUGCACUCCAAACUGUCCUGAAAGGAACUUCUUCAAUUAUUCUACUAAAUCUUGUGACUCCUGCCAAUAAAACUGCCAUACCUGCGCAACGAAUUCAUAUUGUUUUGAAUGCAACUUGGGAUUUUUCUUAAAUAUCACUAAUGUAGUUAAUGAAAGUGAUACAUCUCAGAAUUCUACUUAGCUUAGAACAUGCGAUGCUUGCCCAGAAAACUGCCAAACUUGCGAGAAAAAUGGUUCUUCCAAUAGUUUGCAAUGCUUAACAUGUGCUUUAAAUUCUUAGCUAAAUACAACUGAUUAAAAAUGUUAUGUUACUAAUCCGAUUUCAACCUUGCGAAAUUUGUAGGGAUUGAAUACAACAUAAAAUAGCACUUAAAACAAUACCUAGAAUCAAACUGGCAAUUCAACCUAACUCAAUAAUACGAAUACCACAUGCUCUACUGGCUUUUAUUUCAAUAACUCUUUGAACUAAUGCAUAUAAUGCAUGAAUAAUUGCUCUGAUUGUAGUUAGUUUGGAUGCUACAGCUGCAUGAAAAAUUACUAUAUGAGAAGUGUCUACGAUCCUGAUACAUUAACACAGAAGUAAGCAUGUAUCUACGAAUAGUAAAAAAAUUGCUCUUUAGGGCAAUAUAAAGAGGAUAGAAACAAUAGUUGUAGACAAUGUCCAAAAGGGUGUAAUACAUGUAUAAACGAUAAAGUAUGUAUGUCUUGCAAAUUCGGCUUUCUAGCUAUUCCUAAUGCUAAUGGAUAUAUAAAUUGUGAAUAAACUUGUCCUCUUGGAAUGGCUGCAAUAUUUGAAAAUGAAUAAUCAAGAUGCUAGAAAUGUGAUCAAGGAUGCUUAUCAUGCGAUAUGAAUGGUUGUCUGGAAUGCUAAUCUAACCUAACACUUAUUACAGAUAAAAACAAAAUCUCUAAAUGUGUGCAGAAUUGCCCAAUUGGUACAUUCAAGGAUGCUCUUAAAAGAAUAUGUUUAGGUAAAUUUAAAUCUAUGUUAAACAUCAUUAGAUUGUGA